AUGUACAUGGCAAUAUUUUCAGGNGGACGCUGGAUCAGAGAACAGCUCACGGAAUCUGGGCCUGAGUUCUGGGGUGUCACUCAUGACGCGGACAAGACCGAGUAUUGGAUCCAUGGGACACUAAGGCCAGGCUUCACCCUGUUUUGUUUUUCAGGUACAAGAGAUGGAGAAGAUAUUAAGACGGACUUUAAGACUCGUCUAGAAAAAGCAGAGGAGUUGCUGACAGCACACGAGCGUAAGGACAUCAUAGAUGAGGCCCAGUUCAUAUUUGAACAGUGUGUUGCGGUUGUUGAAGCCCUAGACGAGCAGCUCAUGACCGACCUCGAGCUCGUCAAGUCGUUGGCUGCUCGUGAGGCCAAGCAUGGACAUUCACACCUCAAGAUGGCGCCAACCCGAGCUGCUCUACCACAAGAUGCAGCACCAAAGGUUGAGGAGGCCAAGUCGGCAGGUUUCAUCAGAGCCAUUGUGGUUGCUUUGUUUGCUUUUGCUUUUUACCAGUCCUAUCGCUGGCAACAUGGAAAUUUGGAAGACGCAUAA